GGCUCGAUCUUCUCCUCCGCAGAGAGCCCGGUUGGCGGCCUGGGAUGACAAGAUGUCUGGACUGCAAGCUUGCACAGUUUUGAGAGGGAGAUGACUUGAGUGGUUGACUUUUAUCUCCACAACAAUGUCCAUGAACAAUUCCAAACAGCCAGUGUCUUCUGCAGCUGGGCUUCUUUCAAACACAACCUGCCAGACGGAAAAUCGGCUUUCCGUAUUUUUUUCAGUAAUCUUCAUGACAGUGGGAAUCUUGUCAAACAGCCUUGCCAUUGCCAUUCUCAUGAAGGCAUAUCAGAGAUUUAGACAGAAGUCCAAGGCAUCAUUUCUGCUUUUGGCUAGUGGCCUGGUAAUCACGGACUUCUUUGGCCAUCUCAUCAAUGGAGCGAUAGCAGUAUUUGUAUAUGCUUCUGAUAAAGACUGGAUCCGCUUUGACCAAUCAAAUGUCCUUUGCAGCAUUUUUGGUAUCUGCAUGGUGUUUUCCGGUCUGUGCCCCCUUCUUCUAGGCAGUGUGAUGGCCAUUGAGCGGUGUAUUGGAGUCACAAAACCAAUAUUUCAUUCUACGAAAAUUACAUCCAAACAUGUGAAAAUGAUGUUAAGUGGUGUGUGCUUGUUUGCUGUUUUUAUAGCUUUGCUGCCUAUCCUUGGACAUCGAGACUAUAAAAUUCAGGCGUCGAGGACCUGGUGUUUCUACAACACAGAAGACAUCAAAGACUGGGAAGAUAGAUUUUAUCUUCUACUGUUUUCUUUUCUGGGGCUCUUAGCCCUUGGUGUUUCAUUGUUGUGCAAUGCAAUCACAGGAAUUACACUUUUAAGAGUUAAAUUUAAAAGUCAGCAGCACAGACAAGGCAGAUCUCAUCAUUUGGAAAUGGUGAUCCAGCUCCUGGCAAUAAUGUGUGUCUCCUGUAUUUGUUGGAGUCCAUUUCUGGUGACAAUGGCCAACAUUGGAAUAAAUGGAAAUCAUUCUCUGGAAACCUGUGAAACAACACUUUUUGCUCUCCGAAUGGCAACAUGGAAUCAGAUCUUAGAUCCUUGGGUAUAUAUUCUUCUACGGAAGGCUGUCCUUAAGAAUCUCUACAAGUUUGCCAGUCGAUGCUGUGGAGUGCAUGUCAUCAGCUUACAUAUUUGGGAGCUUAGCUCCAUUAAAAAUUCCUUAAAGGUUGCUGCUAUUUCUGAGUCACCAGUUGCAGAGAAAUCAGCAAGCACCUAAUUUAAUAGGACAGUAAGUCAGUGUAGGGCUAGAACAAAAUUAAGACAUGUUUGGCAAUAUUUCAGUUAGUUAAAUACCUGUAGCCUAACUGGAAAAUUCAGACCUCAUCAUGUAGUUUGAAAAUACUUUUGUCAGAUUCAAGUUUUGAAAUUUGUCAAAUAAACAGUAUAAUUGUACAUUUUUCACUUGUUUUUGCCAAUGGGAGGUAGACACAAUGAAAUAAUGCCAUGGGAGUCACACUGAAAGCAAUUUUGAGCUUUAUCUGUCUUAUUCAUGCUUUGAGUGAUCAUCUGUUGAGGUCUAAUGACUUUAUUUGGCCUGUUUGCCAGAGAACAUCUUAUUGCGGCCUGCAUAGUGAAAUGGUUAUUUUGAGAUCACUGCUCUGUAGCUAAUCCUUAUAAAUUAGGCUCAAUAAAAUAAAGCACUCUUAUUUUUUGAUCUGGCCUAUUUUGCCCGUCAUUAUGUAGCCUUAAUUAAUACAUGCAUGGUCAUGACACCCGGAAGUCAUGACGGUUUAUUGUAACAACCUUUGCAUAUUCCAGGUCUGGCAGACAGGUUGCCUGAUCUUGCAAUCCUAUCUAGAAUGGGCCCAUUCUUGUCAUAUUUGACAAACAGGAUUACUUACAUUUAUUAUUAUGAAGGUCGAUUGUUGUUGGAAGUGUUUUUUGAUGUCACAGAUUAGCGAUUUUCAAAUAAUCAUUUUUUUCUCUGAAAAUUUUGUGCAUGAUUACACAAUAAAUAAUUUUUAGAGAAACAAAGGCUCGAUCUCAGCACACUGAUGGACAACUAGAAUUACAGCAGUUUCAAAACUCUACCAUGGAUAAUGCAAACAAACAGAAGCUACAUGUCAGUGAUAGGUGCAAAUAAUAUUGGCAAAAGGUGCUUUACUUUGAGCCAUUAUUUGUGUCAGAGAACAAAAGAAACAUAAUCAAUAUACAAUAUUCAAAGACUAUCUGCCGCUAGUAUGUUUCUUCUUUACACACAUAUACAUACAGACAUCAGAAAAUUCUGUUGAUAGCAGGUUCAUUAAAUUUGUAAGAUGGCAUAUUCUAAAGCCUGUGCUACCAGUACUAAGAGAGGAAGAAUGGCAAUUUGCCAAGUACUUGGGGAUUAUUAUAACGAUUAACUAGGCGAUCAAGAGAUAAUCUCUCUCCAAAUUUUCCAGUAAUAAUUGAGACUUUUUCUUUGCUUGUUUGUGUAAUUCAACCAAAAGAAUUUCAGUACUCAUUCAAAUUGUCCUAGGUCUAUCAGAAAUAAGGGUAGGUAGUCCUGCUUUAUAAUAGGAAAAUGCAUUUCUGUAUAAGAGUUCUUUGCUUUCAUGAACUUGGAUUCAUUUAAAAAUUAAUCUUCUCUGUUAGGCUGAUUUCAGAUUCUCU